CCAGAUAAAGAAAAGAUAUGAAGGCAAAGACGUAAAUCCUUAUAGACGCAGCAAGCUGGCUGCUUGUAAAACAGUAGUUGGAGAAGGAAUUAGAAGCAUAAUGUUUAGCAUCAGGCUGAUAUCAGCUUGUUGUUUGGUGGCCCUAGCGGCAGGGUCAGAGAGUGAGGGUAUUCUUGACUGUUUAACUGGACCUUGUGUAACAGUUCCUGGAGUUGGGAAAAUUCAAGGAAGCAAGAAAUCUACUCAGUUCACGGGUCGUGAUGUUUUCGGUUUCUGGAAUAUACCUUAUGGAGAAGAUACAAGUGGAGAGAAUAGGUUUCAGCCUCCCCUACCUAAACCUGCCUUAAACGAUGGAAAGGAUGCUUUUGAUGCUUCUUACUUGACCUACAUUACUGGCUGGUGGAACCAUGUUUGCCCCCAGCCUGGACUAGAUCUAGGAUUCAGGAAUCCAUAUUUCCAUAUGUGGGAGGACGAGGCUCCGAUCAAUGAAACAGAAAGGGCUGGUUUAGCUGUUAUGGGUACAGAGGAUUGUCUCAAGCUUGCAGUUUUCACACCAGAGCUUCCAUCUGCGUCUUCUAAUCCUAAGCUGCCUGUUAUUGUGUACAUUCAUGGAGGAGCUUUCAUGCUUGGAGGAUAUAUCGGAGCUGGACCAGGCAAACUACUCGAAAGAGAUGUUGUGCUGGUUGAGAUGCAAUACCGUCUUGGACCUCUUGGCUUCAUGUGUCUGCCUGACGAUCAAAUAGCUGGAAAUAUGGCACUUCUUGAUCAACAACUUGCUCUUCAGUGGGUUAAAGAUAAUAUUGCUGCUUUUGGUGGAGAUGCUGACCAAGUAACUAUUAUGGGAGAGUCAGCUGGAAGUGCCUCUGUUACAUAUCAUAUGCUCUCACCUCUCUCUCAGCCACUUUUUUCUAAAGCUAUUGCUGAAUCUGGAAGUGCCUUGUCAAGCUGGGCCUUUGAUAAUGAACCCUUGAAGCAUGCCAAGGAUAUUGCCUCUGCCUUGGAUUGUCCUGAAGAUAGUUUAUCAGGUCUUAUCACCUGUCUAAGAACCGAGAAAACUGCGGCAGAAAUUGUUAAUGCUCAUAAAACUUAUUAUUUGGCGGAAAGAGCAGAAGGAAGACUUGGAUUUGGAGGAUCAAGUCCUUGUGCUCAGACCCAUGGCAAGAUAUUUAUCGAUGAGCAUCCUAAAACUGCAAUAAUGAAAAUGGUGUUGGAAGGAAGUAAUGCUCAGAAACCAGCAUUAUUCGGAUCAAACAAGAACGAAGGAUCUUUUGUUCUAGGCCUUAUGUACAACUCCUACAUUUUACCGAACAAUGUACUAGAAGAUCAAUUCUUCCUCAGGCAUCUCUUUAUCUACACAUUACUCAAUGCUAUGGGUUUGAAAGAUCAAAGUGGAAAUAUUUAUGAAAUGUUGGAAUACACUUUCUUCGAUCAUACUGAAAUGGGAACCUGGGAUACUAUGAUGGAUGGUAUGGUCAAUCUUGUUGGAACAUUCUUCAUCAAAGCGUCUACCUACGAGUUCAUGAAGUACAAUGUACUAACUGGUGUGGACUCUUGGUACUAUUCCUUCGAGUACUACGGAGAAUCUUCCCUCUGGAACUAUCUAUUCCCAGGAGAGCAACCACCGAUCCCCCGUGGAGUAACCCAUGGUGACGAACUCCUAUACCUUUUCUCUACCGGAGUAUUCACUAUGUCGGAGCAGGACUGGGAGAUCUCCUGGAAGAUGGUCAACCUCUGGACCAACUUUGCCAUCUACGGAGAUCCAAGUGCAGCUGAGAAUCCUAUAGAAGGUGUUCCAACCUGGAAUAGGUUUAAUGACCAGGAGAUGCCUUAUCUUGUCAUAGAUACAGAGUUCAAGAUGGAGAACAACUUCAUUAGAACCUGGUCGAAUCCUGAGAGAGUUGGAAAAUAGUGAACUUGAACAGCUGUUCAAGUAUUAAUGGAUUAAAGCAUGCAUUGAUAAAACAGAAAUACAUAUUGAACUAAUUUUGUUUUAA